GUGGCGAAUGAGACAGCGAUUAAACGACGAAAGAAAGCAUAGCUUUGUAGCUAUCCGACGGUGACAAGUGAAUUACAGCGAAGAUGGAGCGGCUGAUACUGCUCUGCUUGCUGUCACCGGCAAUUUUCGCCCGGCCGCACAAAACCAAGAAUCCCAAUGACGAGCCAUUUCUACCGAUACAUCCGGUCUACCCCUACAGCCCGAAGCUAAUCAAGCGAGGCGCUGAGACGGACGCGGUGAACUCCCAAUUAAUGACGGAGCUGUACGCGCCGAAAGUCGACGCCAAGGACACCUACAGCACCAGCUACCCCAGCACUUACCAAAGGGAUUCUUACUACCCCGAUUAUGAUCCGUAUCUCACAAACGGCACGGCCUCGUCGUACGUCUAUCCCGCGGUUCCCGCGUAUUACGGCGGCGGCGGCGGCGGCGGCGGCGAGGCGUACGUCUACGCCAACGUGCCAGCGUAUCCCGCCUAUAAUUCAUAUCCCGCCGCGUACGCGAUGAAUCCGGCGUCGUAUCCAGUGCCGUCGUACCCGAACUAUUACUAUCAGCCGCCACCCUAUUACUACCCUCAUUACUUCAGCCACGCGCUGUACGCGCGACCGCCGCUACCACCGCCGCCGCCGCCGUCGCCGCCGCAGCCGUCGUUAGCCAUCGAAUAUCACGAGGCGUCGCAAGUUCCCGCUGUCGCGGAGGACGGCAAACAGAACGCGGACAACGUGGGCGAGAGGCCGAAGGAGGACGAGACGAGCCUGCAGGAGGCGCCGGCGGCGGGCCAAUUCGUGGAGGGCGGCAACUACAUAGCCGCCAACUCGCGGGACCUCGACGUGCAAUCCAGCACGUACAAGGUGGCCAGCCCGUACAACCAACUUACGCAGGACGUUCAGGUGAAGAACGCGCAGCCGAUUUCCCUGCCGAAGCCGACGUACAGAGUCGUCAGCGUGAACGGGCAGUCGGUCAGUCCGGAUUUCCCGCUGUCCGCCGCGUACGUCAAAUCUCAGCAGAUUGAGCAGAUGACGAGCCAAACUCUGGCGGAUCUACUGGCGCGGCAGCAGCAACACGACGGCAGCUCCUACGAGAGCGGAAAGGACACCGCGAGCGGUGCCGAUGGCGGUGCCUCGUACGAGAACCAGAACGCGUACAGUUCGAACGCGCCCGCGUCGUACGUGAGCGUUCCGGGCGCGAAAGGCAAACCCGGUGUCACCUACGUGAUCGACUCCGUCGGAGUCGCUAAGGUCAGCGGGGAACGAGCGAAGCAGCAGAGCUCGCCGUCUCAGAGGGCAGCCUCGAGUAAGAGUACAAGGUACUCGAACGCUCGAAAGCAGGCGUUACGGAAUCACGCCCAAGCGUCGUACGCGUCGCCCGAAGGUGGUAAUACAGCUACAGCUGUAACAGCUAGCAGUUACCGCGCCCGCGUAUUGACCAGCGCACAACCGGCGGGUCAAGCUGACAAGUACGCCGGUUACGACGCGUCGCAGAGUUACGGCGGCACUUACAGUCAGUCCGGCAGCAAGCAGGAGCCGAAUUACGGAGCCUAUCAGAGCCAACCGGGCUCUUAUCAGAGUGAGGGUUUUACCAUCGUGCCUCAGACAACGCGAUCGCACGUUUAUCAGUACUCCGCCUACGCAGAAGCGGAUCAGGCGCAGCAGCAGCAGCAGCCGCAGCAGCCGCAGCAAGAUGCGGCCAAUUUAAACAACGGCAAUUUUGGAAGUAAACAAUAUAAAGGAUAAAAUACAACAAAACGCGAUAAAGCUAAUCUGGUGCUAUUAUAUGUAAGAUACUGUUUUUACAUAAGACCUUGUUAUUUGUUGUUGUUGAAUUUUGACGCAGCUUUUUUCAGUUCUAGCGAAUUAAGUAAUUGUAUAGUACAUCUCAAAUAUCAAACAUUAUUUUUAUAUUUCUUAUAAUGUAUUAUAUUUUUUUAUAAUAUCAAACAUUUUUUAUGUUUC